AGACGUUCGAACGGUGCCUGUCGAUGGCGGCGUGUUCAAAAAGAAGAGAGCCACACAGGACGGUCAGGGGUAGCCUCCUCCCCCCUUGUCUUGGGACUCUCGUGUUUCUCCUUUUGCAGCCCCAAAUCGCGGACACCUUUAGAAUAAGACACACUUCCACCCAAACAAUCCUUCUUUCUGGCUGCUCUGCUACGUCGGUUAUCAGAAGAUGGACGAUGGACGAGGGGCAGGAAAACUGCAAUGAGAUGAUUAAAAUAAGAGCGUUGCGACAUUGUUGGCCCAAAAGUAAGGGCUUUAAAUCAUUGCAAGCAUUGAGCAAGCUUGCACCUGCGUUUUGGGGCCUUUUCUUGGGCGUGCGCCCUCUUCAUCCUCUUCCUCAGGCCGCCUACGCCGGCCCAAGCAGCCCAGCGACGACCGGCACCACCGCUACUCCCCCUGUUUUCUCCGUCACUUCGCCCAAUUUUCCCCCCACCCAAGCAGCUGCGGACACAGACGAUCUCUUUGACGAGGUCUGGAAGCUGACUUCCAAGUUUUACCUGGACAGGAGUUUCGGAGGGAACGACUGGGGACAGGCGCGGGCUGACUUACGGAGUCAGGGGAAACUACCUGGAGACAGCGCCAGUGAGACCACGGCCACGAAAAAACUGUUGAAAAAGCUUGGAGAUAAAUACACCCAGCUUCUCUCCCCUUACAUGUACACGGCCAUGAGCCGUUUCGACCCGAUCGGCGCCGGCUUCAUGCUCUCGGUGGACGACGACGGGUAUUUUUGCGUGUCCUCCGACCCCCGAGACGGGACCCGGGCCGCCAAGGAACGCGUGGAAAAAGGGGACAAGAUUCUAGAAAUCGAAGGUGUGGCGAUCAAGGGGAAAAGCGUCUUUGACGCGGUGGAUCUGAUCACCAAGGAGGACAAGACGGACGUGCGGCUGACCAUUCAAUCCAAGCGGGAUCCUGCGGCCGCCCCCCGCGUCCUCACGUUGCCCCGCGAGUUCAACACCGUCUCAAAUCCAGUCACCAAGACGCAGCUUACCACUGCCGAGGACGGGCGCAAGGUCGGGUAUGUAAAACUCCGAGAAUUCAACUCUUUGGCCAAGGAAAAAGUGCGCGAAGCACUAACCUCCCUCGAAAGCCAGGGCGCCGAGGCCUACGUCAUCGAUUUACGCGGGAAUCCAGGUGGAUCUGUGCAAGCGGCGGUAUCAGUAGCGUCGUUAUUCCUACCCGAGGACCAAAUUGUCACUUUCAUUCAAGACGCUACCGGCAACAAGCUACCUCUGAAGACUCAGGGUGCGGCCGCCGUUCCUCGGGACCCUCUGGUGGUAUGGACCGAUAGAAAGUCCGCCAGUGCUUCCGAGAUCUUGGCCAGCGCAUUGCAUGACAAUUGUCGCGCGGUGCUGAUGGGCCAGAGGACUUUUGGAAAAGGCUUAGUUCAAGGAGUGUUUGGGUUGAACGAUGGGAAGGGCCUGGUGAUGACUGUCGCGAAAUAUGAAACCCCACGGGGGGCGUCCAUUCAGGGGACUGGUAUCUUUCCGGAUAUUGAAACAGUCAUUCCAAGUAGUAUUUUAGGGGAGCAGGAUAUUAGCGUGGUCCGAGGGGAGGACUUCAGCUUGAAGGAUAGGAUCUGCUUGGACAGAGGCGGGAAGCAAUGAGGAUUUGGAGGCAGAAACAAACACGACAAAGAAAUUAAUUUCA